AUGCCUGGCUCUGUCAGAGACACGCCGAGUGCAUCCCUGCCUCCCAAAGACUGGCUUUCGGCUCUCGAAUUGACCCUUAUCUCACCAAGAGUUCCUCAUAUUUUGUCCCAUCCAUCUUCACCAACACAGCUUUCGUCAUCUCUUUCACUACCACCUCCAUUACCAUCUCCUUCAGAGCCGCCUUUGCCCAUGAAAAAUAAGACCAGACGAUACACUCUAAACUCGUUGACUGCCGUUGCUACAGCCGCUGCAGCUGCUCGUGGCAAAAACGAGAGACGUCCUAUCUCAUCAUUUGGCGUCACUGGUGCAAAUAUGGACCAGGCGCAAAUGCAAUCUCGUUGUGGUGACUCCAUGCGUCGAUCGUUUGGCUCACGAUCUGUCCCCUCAGGACUGGCUGGCCUCUUGUUGUCCGAUGAUCUGCUGUUUGAUGAAAGUAGGUCAUAUUUUAUCUACUGUUCUCGGGAUUAA